GAACGGCCAAUCCAGUGGUAGGUUCACCUCCCCCUCUCUACCCAGAGUCACUACUGCGGCCGUCGCCAUUUUAGCGUUUUGUCAGAAGCGUCCGCGCCGCGAGGAAGAGCAUCUGCUGCUUUUCGUGCGGGCUGUGUCCGAGAUGGUGAAGCUGUUCAUCGGAAACCUGCCCCGGGAGGCCACAGAGCAGGAGAUCCGCUCGCUCUUCGAGCAGUAUGGGAAGGUGCUGGAAUGUGACAUCAUUAAGAACUACGGCUUUGUGCACAUAGAGGACAAGACGGCGGCCGAGGAUGCCAUCCGCAACCUGCACCACUACAAGCUGCACGGGGUGAACAUCAACGUGGAAGCCAGCAAGAAUAAGAGCAAAACCUCUACAAAGUUACAUGUAGGCAAUAUCAGCCCUACUUGUACCAACAAAGAGCUCCGGGCCAAGUUUGAGGAGUACGGUCCAGUCAUCGAAUGUGACAUCGUGAAAGAUUAUGCCUUUGUACACAUGGAGCGGGCUGAGGAUGCAGUGGAGGCCAUCAGGGGCCUUGACAACACAGAGUUUCAAGGCAAAAGAAUGCACGUGCAGUUGUCCACCAGCCGGCUUAGGACUGCGCCCGGGAUGGGAGACCAGAGCGGCUGCUAUCGGUGCGGGAAAGAGGGGCACUGGUCCAAAGAGUGUCCAGUAGAUCGUUCGGGCCGCGUGGCAGACUUUACCGAGCAAUAUAAUGAGCAAUACGGAGCAGUGCGUACACCUUACACCAUGGGCUACGGGGAUUCAUUGUAUUACAACAACGCGUACGGAGCGCUCGAUGCCUACUACAAGCGCUGCCGUGCUGCCCGGUCCUAUGAGGCGGUGGCUGCUGCAGCUGCCUCUGCGUAUAAUUACGCAGAGCAGACCUUGUCCCAGCUGCCACAAGUCCAGAACACAGCCAUGGCCAGUCACCUCACCUCCACCUCUCUCGAUCCCUACGAUAGACACCUGUUGCCGACCUCGGGAGCUGCUGCUGCUGCUGCUGCAGCAGCUGCUGCUGCUGUUACUGCAGCUUCCUCUUCAUAUUACGGGCGGGAUCGGAGCCCCCUGCGUCGCGCUACAGGCCCAGUCCCUACUGUUGGAGAGGGCUACGGUUACGGGCAUGAGAGUGAGUUGUCCCAAGGUUCGUCGGCUGCGCGGAAUUCCCUGUACGACAUGGCCCGGUAUGAGCGGGAGCAGUAUGCGGAUCGGGCGCGGUAUUCAGCCUUUUAAAGCUUGAGGUGGGAUGUGUGUGGGCUGAAAUUCCGAGCUGCGGUUGUGCAUGAGAAUACACCCUUCGUGGUACCCAUCUCCGGGACGGCUCUGUGCGUUCAGUCCCUCAGGAAACGUGGACCUUAAAAUUUAUCUUGCAAAGUUCAGACCCCCCUCUUCCUCUCUCCUGCCCGUCCCCAUUUCUUUUCUGUCCUUCAGUACUCCUUAGCUCCCAUGAUGCUCUCUCCUCCCAGCAGCCUCAUUGUGUGCAGAAGUUGGUGGGGGGUGCUGUCGCCCACCUCCUGCUUCCCGUGGGUGUUGUGAGAGUGUCACCGCUCCUGAGUCUGUUUGACCCAAAGGCUUGUAGCGGGUGGACACAUACAGAGUUGAAUCACUUUUUUCUUUCCGGUGAAAUAAAUGGUUUUUCAACUUAGGAAA